CACGUGCGGGCCGCUCACACGGGGGGCUCCAGCCGGCGCCAUGAAGUGCGGCCGGCCUUUGGGCCUGCUCCUGCUCUUGGGUCUCGGUGCGCCGUCGGCCCAGCUUUUCAUCCCGCCUGGCAGGGAGAAGCCGGCGCCCUCUUCCGGCGACAGCGUCGUUACCGUUGCCGUAACCGCCCGCGAGGUGGGCACGGGAAACCUGAGCAGCAGCGCGACGCCGCUGAGUAUCGACGUGGAGGUGGAGGUGAUGGAGGGCACCGGCACCACGCCUGCCGCUACCCAGGCGACGGUAACCGUCACCGACACCCCGACCACGCAGCCGCUCAAGAUCGAGAUCGACAUGGAGAACGUGGCGGCGCAGGCCGGAGAGACGGCUGAGCCCAUGUGGCACGUGGUCAAGAUCAGUGGUGGCGCCGACGCCAAUGGCUUGGCGGUGACCGGGUUGCCGCCGCCGCCCGCCGCCACCAAGGAGGUGGAGGAGGUGUUGGUGAAGCUGACGCCGGCCACCGAGGAGACUCUCAGCAACAGCACGGCCGGUAGCACCGCUUUCUCGCCUUCAAGCACCACACCCACGUCUGCUCCCAAGGGCACCAGUCGCCCGGUCGACCAGCCGGAGCCCACCGGCGUGCCAGGCCAGGCCCAGCAGCAGCAGCUGAAGAAAGGCCACCGCCACGAGGAGGGGGAGUCGCGGACAAAGCCGGUGAAACAGCAGAGUGAAGCCGAGGAGGGGGGCGAGCCUGAGAAACCCAAACCUGAAAACACCAGCAGGAAAUCCAAACCCAGCAGUCCUGAUAAGGAGAAAAUGCUCAUCGUCGAGGAGGGGGAAGGCACUUUGCCGCCUCUCUCCAUCACCGAGACCUCACAAGUUUACCUCCUCAUAAAAGAAGUUGAUGUGGACUCUAAUGAAUUCCAGAGGGAGACCGAAAUUCCUGUGACGAGUCAAAUUCUUACCACGGAUACAGCCACCAGUGCCGAAACCAUCAUCACCCAAUUUACGGGCACUACCGUUAGUUCCAUAGUCUCUGAGACCGAUGAAACAGUCAUUAAUAUCGAUGACAAAGGCAUUCGCGUUGAGGAAAAAGUUGAGAAAACGAUAACUUCCAACCCAGAGUUCAAGGAAAUGUACAUUGAGCAACUGGUGGAUCACUUUAGUUUCAGUGCCCACCGAAAGACUUAUCGUCAGCGAUACCUUAUAACAGAUCAAUUCUGGCUCAAAAGCAUUGGACCAAUAUUCCUUUAUACUGGAAAUGAAGCUGAUAUAUGGGACUUUGCUAAAAACUGUGGCUUCAUCUCUGAACUAGCAGCAGAGCAGCAGGCUUUGGUCAUUUUUGCUGAACAUCGAUACUAUGGCAAAUCCCUUCCUUUUGGCAAGAAAUCAUAUGAGAGAAUAAACAUCGAAUUUUUGACAGUAGAGCAAGCUAUAGCAGAUUAUGUUCUACUUGUUACAAAAGUGAAAUCAGAGCUUGAUGCUGAAAACUGUCCUGUGAUUGCAUUUGGUGGCAGCUAUGGAGGAAUGUUAAGUGCAUAUAUUAGAAUUAAGUAUCCUAAUAUUGUGGAAGGUGCUCUGGCAUCAAGUGCACCUGUCAUGUCUGCUGCAAAUAUUGGAGAUAGUCGGCAGUUUUUUCAUGAUGUCACUACAGAUUUUGAGCGGGUUUCACCUGAUUGUGUUUCAAAAAUCCGAGAAGCUUUUCAAGAACUGGAAAAGUAUACACAGCAACAAGCAUGGAACAAAAUUGGCAAUGAACUAUCUUUGUGUAAGCCAUUGAAAUCAAAAAAAGAAGUUGAUCACCUAUACGAAUGGGCACGAAAUGCUUUUACAUAUUUAGCGAUGUUUAACUACCCAUAUGAGACUGAAAUGGGAUUGCAUUUUCCAGCAAACCCAGUGGAUGUUGCAUGCCAUUACAUUAUUCAGAAGAGUGAACUUAUUGGAGGCUUACUAUCUAUAUUAAGUAUGUUUUAUAAUUCGACGGGGACAAAAAAAUGCUUUGAUAUCUAUACUGAGUAUCAACAUUGUGCUGAUCCGACAGGUUGUGGCUUGGGCUCUGCAAGUCAAGCAUGGGAUUUCCAGGUUUGCACAGAGGUAAACCUACUGUACGAAACCAACAAUGAGACCGAUAUGUUCCCAGUGCUUCCCUUUACUGAAGGAAUGAGGAGGAGUUAUUGUCACAGUAAAUGGGGUGUAUAUCCCAAUACAGAAUGGUUAAAAAUCCAGUACUGGGGAGAAGAUUUUAAAGCAGCAAGCAAUAUAAUAUUUUCUAAUGGUGACUUGGAUCCAUGGGCAAAUGGUGGUGUACUCAGAAAUAUGACCCCUUCUGUGGUUGCUUAUAUUAUAGAGGGAGGAGCACAUCAUCUCGACCUGAGAGCAUCUAAUCCAGCUGAUCCACAAUCAGUUACUAUAAUUCGUAAAAGGGAAUCAAGUAUCAUCAGUGAAUGGGUGAAAAAGUAUCAGCGUCAUUCAGUUUGACAAGUUAGAUGUGACAUCUGAUAAGAGUAGGA